CAGUGAUACAGGAAGCGGGUUCAGGAACCUGCUGGUUCCUGAUACAUAAAUCAGACAGCCUCUGCUGCAUGACACGAAGCUCGCUUCUGCCUGGUGUCUGUGAGCAGCUGCCAGGCUCUGGCCAGGAUCCCUUCCUUCUCCUCACUGGCUGAUGGAUCCCAAGGGGCUCCUUUCCUUGACCUUCAUGCUAUUUCUCUCCCUGGCUUUUGGUGCAAGCUACGGAACAGGUGGGCGCAUGAUGAACUGCCCGAAGAUUCUCCGGCAGUUGGGAAGCAAAGUGCUGCUGCCCCUGACAUAUGAAAGGAUAAAUAAGAGCAUGAACAAAAGCAUCCACAUUGUCGUCACAAUGGCAAAAUCACUGGAGAACAGUGUCGAGAACAAAAUAGUGUCUCUUGAUCCAUCCGAAGCAGGCCCUCCACGUUACCUAGGAGAUCGCUACAAGUUUUAUCUGGAGAAUCUCACCCUGGGGAUCCAGGAAAGCAGGAAGGAGGAUGAGGGAUGGUACUUUAUGACCCUGGAGAAAAAUGUUUCAGUUCAGCGCUUUUGCCUGCAGCUGAGGCUUUAUGAGCAGGUCUCCACUCCAGAAAUUAAAGUUUUAAACAAGACCCAGGAGAACGGGACCUGCACCUUGAUACUGGGCUGCACGGUGGAGAAGGGGGACCAUGUGGCUUACAGCUGGAGUGAAAAGGCGGACACCCACCCACUGAACCCAGCCAACAGCUCCCACCUCCUGUCCCUCACCCUCGGCCCCCAGCAUGCUGGCAAUAUCUACAUCUGCACCGUGAGCAACCCCAUCAGCAACAAUUCCCAGACCUUCAGCCCAUGGCCCAGAUGCAGGACAGACCCCUCAGAAACAAAACCAUGGGCAGUGUAUGCUGGGCUGUUAGGGGGUGUCAUCAUGAUUCUCAUCAUGGUGCUAAUACUACAGUUGAGAAGAAGAGCCACCUUGACUACUACCAACCAAUACUGGAGUCAAAAUGUCCUGACCCAAGACCAGGAGAGAUGCCCUGGCUGCCUUCCCAUGGUAAAACGGACCGUUACCAGACAACAAUGGGAAAAAAAAGCCUUACGAUCUAUGCCCAAGUCCAGAAACCAGGUCCUCUUCAGAAGAAACUUGACCCCUUCCCAGCUCAGGACCCUUGCACCACCAUAUAUGUUGCUGCCACAGAGCCUGUCCCAGAGUCUGUCCAGGAAACAAAUUCCAUCACAGUCUAUGCUAGUGUGACACUUCCAGAGAGCUGACACCAGAGACCCAACAAAGGGACUUUCUGAAGGAAAAUGGAAAAAGCAAAAUGAACACUGAACUUUGGCCCCAGGCCCCAAAUUUCCUCUGACAGACAUGCUACACGUCUGUACCCUUCUCAGAUCAACUCCCAGUUGAUGUUUCUUCCAUAUACAUCUGUGAAAUGAACAAGGAAGUGAGGCUUCCCAAGAAUUUAGCUUGCUGUGCAGUGGCUGCAGGCGCAGAACAGAGCGUUACUUGAUAACAGCGUUCCAUCUUUGUGUUGUAGCAGAUGAAAUGGACAGUAAUGUGAGUUCAGACUUUGGGCAUCUUGCUCUUGGCUGGAACUGGAUAAUAAAAAUCAGACUGAAAGCCAGGACAUCUGAGUACCUAUCUCACACACUGGACCACCAGUCACAAAGUCUGGAAAAGUUUACAUUUUGGCCAUCUUUACUUUGUUCUGGGAGCUGAUCAUGAUAACCUGCAGACCUGAUCAAGCCUCUGUGCCUCAGUUUCUCUCUCAGGAUAAAGAGUGAAUAGAGGCUGAAGGGUGAAUUUCUUAUUAUACAUAAAACACUCUGAUAUUAUUGUAUAAAGGAAGCUAAGAAUAUUAUUUUAUUUGCAAAACCCAGAAGCUAAAAAGUCAAUAAACAGAAAGAAUGAUUUUGA